AUGAGCCCAAAAAGACGUAUCUGCAUGGAUCCUCCACAAAGAAGUAACCCGACCACCCCGGACACGUCGCUCCUUCUCGCAGAGAAUGUCAAUCUAACGACUCGCGAAGAAUGUAUUGAACUUUGCUAUCGAAUGGACACAUUUUCUGAUGUCACGUUCCGAGUUGGCGAUUCUGUCACGGGUCCCUUUAAGAUCUAUAAACUCCAUCGUCUCGUUCUAGGCGGCCAAUCAACUUAUCUCUACAAUCUGUGCGUCAAAAAUACAGAUGCAACCGAGAUGAUUGAUCUCCCAGAUGUCCAGCCAGCCAUUUUUGACCACAUAGUCAAAUGGCUCUACAAAGCGAGGCUGACGGAAAAAACGGAAGACAUGGCCGUUGUUGCCAAACUCUACGAGGUUGCGGGUAGCCUAAAGAUCAAGGAGUUGGAAAGCAAGUGUCUAUCAACUCUGACCGAGAUCCUAGCACGUGAAAAGCAUAAAGAGGAGAACGGAGAAACCUCGAUCUUGGACGAGAUGCUCAUCAAACCGACCCAAGGACCAGUAAACGACUCUCCUACCAUUCCAAAGCCUCUUGCCAGGAGCAACACAGAGGGCACUACUUCCAGCCAUCACCGCGAAUCUAAAACGAAGGACUUCUUCAAAGGUGUGAUGGAAAAAGUCACAACCCAAAAAGACGUCGGUAAAGAGAAAGAAACCAACAAAUUUUCUACUCUUGGGUCUUCGUUUUUAAACCGAGCCAAAGUUGGGAUGGGAGGGAGGCAGCGCAUUGCUUCACAACCUAUCCGAGCCUCAAUGAUCAGCCAUCCCUUUGCGGCCUCUCGUCUCACUGCGAUCCCUUAUGCUCAAGACAAUAACAGUAUGCAACAUUUCCCUGAUGCGAAGGAUUUGAAAGAGCCAACCAACGGACCUACUGAGAACCCGGACACCCCAAGAACCGCUAAAAAGAGCUCUCCUUACCGCAACUCUACUGCUUUCUAA